AUGGUAACCCUGUCGCUUCGCCCAAGCAGACGAAUUUUUUUUACAUGUUGGAGGUUCAUCCUCUGGUGCCGUGUGUCAGCUAGCAGCACUACACGAUCACGACUUCAACACCUACAUAUGGGGAAGAAUCCAACCACUACAUCUACUUCUACAGCAAAUCAGAGUGAAGGAAUCGCGCUUGUCCAGAAUCACAAAGCGAAGACUGCUCUGCGUCUAAAUCGUCAAGACACUUCUACAACUAGGCGCUCUGCAGCUCAGCAGGCACCACCAAACAAUGCCACAGCGAGCAACGCAACUAGUGUCGUAAAGAACAGUACUACAACUCUUCUCACCGAUCCCACUGACAAAUUUCUUGGUCGCUACGUCGCGGAUGUCUAUGGUGAAGUGAAGAUCACGAAAGCCGGUUACUCCGUUGAAGGCCAGGAGGUCUACGACGAUGAUGCAGAGACUUUUCCGAAUUUUUAUGGUAGGUGCAUUCGAGAAUUACAAGUGGAAGUGAAACUUUAUAAUUUAGACUACUUGAAGUCGGUAUACGACGAUGAUGCAGAGACUUUUCCGAAUUUUUAUGGUAGGUGCAUUCGAGAAGUACACGUGUAAGUGAAAGUUGCAUUCGAGUACAAGCAAGUGGAAGUGAAACUUUUAUUUACUACUUUGAAGUCAUGCUCAUGAGGACCUAGAAACUUUUAUUUAAACCUUUCUUCAUCUGGAAAAAAAUGGCAGUAGUAGCUGCGUCUGCGGCGAUUCUCUUAAUAUUUACUAGACUACAACUUGAAGUCAUCAAGAUCAAUGCAUAUGGUCGCCCUUGAACGAACUUCCAUGUUCCUGAGGACCUAGGAUUAUGAAUAGGAUGAUUCGAUCUUCGAAGCAACUCGUGGUCUGUGUCCUUCUAAGAUUCAGCCGAAGACGUAGUACCAAGUGCCGACUUGUGGGUAUGGCGGUGUGCGCCAACGGGAUGGUAUCAUGCAGAUACGAUCUAUCGUAUCCUGACCUCACACGACACGUCCAAGAUCACUGGUAUUUGAGAGAAUUUAUUCUUGAAAGUUGCUUGUACCUGAGAUGAAUUGGUGUAGUUGUAGUUACAAAACUAACAUUUUCUAAGCUGUUUCAAUCCUUGUUUUUGAUUGCGACGAGGAGAGGAAUUAGCCUUGUUCUUGUACUCGGCUCUUUCUCCGAUAUACCUACGUGGCAUAAGUAAGCAAAUAACGUAUGAUUGACUCCUGGUCAGGUAUCACCGGCGACAUGCAGCGUUCGGCCCCGGACGGCGCACUGGCUAGCGCAGAACAAAGCCGCUACUCUGUCGAAAUCGCAACCGACAAAUACGAUAACAAGUUCAUGUUCUUGGGGAGCGAUAAAUUUUAUGGGCGAGAAGGAUUCUGUUUCAGUAUCAGUUUCAGAUGAUUGACUGCAAGAACUACUCCUAACUUGGUUGAGACGUCGUAGUAAUCUCAACAUACUCCUAGUACUUCUCUAUCUGCUGAAUAGAGAUACCACUGCUGCCAAGUAGCCAUCCCCUUUCUACCACUCCAAGUGAGUGAUUCAACAACAUUGAUUCCCGAACAGCCCCUGUCCAUGAUGAACACGUGAGCCCCCGUCCAUGACUUUGUGAAGCUUGCGAAAGAGAUCGUCUAUCCUGUGACUGCGAUGUUGCAGAUGAAGAGCAUGAGGAGCGCGGUGUCAAGAUCAGCCGCGUCUGGAUCUAGUCUGGUGGCACAGCAAAGUAGUAAAAAGAAGACCGCUACAGGAGCCCUUCGAGGAUCAUACGUCGAUUGUUCGUCGAAACCUCAGUUAAGAGAGCACCUUCCUUGUUCCCUCUAAUCUACCACAAUGUAGUAGAGGGAACAAAAGGAACAACAGAUAUGAAUUCAUCAUUUCUUCUAGAGAGAUCAUGACGCUGAAAAUGGAUGAAAAAUUGAAGGUUUAUGGUGCUCUCUUAACUGAGGUUUCGACGAACAAUCGACGUAUGAUCCGCUGUACCUGUAGUAUAAUCUUCACUUCAUCCUUCAUCUUUUCAUCUAUUUUCAGCGUCAUCUCUAGAAAUAUUCAUAUCUGUUCCUUUUGUUCCCUCUAAUCUGCUACCUGUUCGCCAUGGGUUGUUUUUGGUGUGCAGAGGAGUCAUUGCGACAGCACUUUAUAGCCUCUGAUGCUUGCGUUGGGGAAACGAUACAGUCAGGCUUGGUUGGUCCCAAAGACGAUAGCGUGACAUAUGACCAUCACGAUCCUAGCAGGUAGUUUUUUCUUAGUACACUUUUAAGAUGACCGGCGCUAUGAAGAAGCCAUCAUGUGGGUUUCCCUAUCUAGCAACUCUCUUGUGACUCUCUUGUAACAAUGCAGAGCGUUUCUAAGGUCGGCGCGCUUUUGUUGCGUGAGUUUUAUCUGCUACUGCUGACGGCAUGGCUGCGCGACUGAUGUGCGAGGAAGAGGCGACGCGCCUCUUCUUGAGAGGGCGGAGGGGCGGCCUCCAAAUGGGCUGUCGGGCUGUCUGAAUUUAUACUGCCCGGCACCGCUCGCGCACUCCCAGCGCGCUCUUGCGUGUACUUAGUCCUGGGAAGUUUCAGACAGGACGACUUUCUCUUACACUUUUAAGAUGACCGAGGCUUCGUCCUACUACUCUCUCGCUUUCCUUUUCCAUCCGACGCAAAAAGUCAUGCGAAUGUCAAGUAUAAUGUCACAACACGACGAUCGAUCAUGAUCCCCUACUAAGAUUUUUCCAUAACACCAGGUACACCGAAGCUAUUCGCUUUCGUAGCUCGAAGCCGAUUCGACCGGAUGUGCUAUUUGCGUUUUGGACCAAUGUGGACCCGUUGAAUGGGGAAGGACAAUUUUUGGUCAAUGGUACUGGUUAUCGAAGUGGCAUCUAUCUGGAACCAGUGGGAGAUUUACGGAGAAAGAGUUUGAUUUUUGAGAUUUGGAUUCUGGUCGAACUUCUUUUUCUUUCAUGAGAGACGGAUGACAUCAAACUAUUCCUUAAGGGUGAGUUUAGGUAAGACAUCAAACUAUUCCUUGAACAAACAACGUUAACGUCCUGCUUGAUGUACAACCACCACACCGACAACAAAGCUGUUGAAGCGCUAAAACACACCGCGACCUCGACUUCCGGAGGGAAUACAGAAGGAUGUGGAAAUUCGACAUCCUCGACUGCGACCAAGCAAAUUUCCUGCAGUAGUACGUCCAAAGAAUCUAGUACAUCGCAAUCGCUCACGCAAGAAACAGCCGACCAUAGCGUGACUGAGGUCGCCAACGCGCUUCAGGUCCCAGUAAACAACAUCAAAACAUUCGUGGACACACUGGAUGCACAGGAAAACGUGUUUCAUCCAGUGGAGGAAUCACAUUAAGACUUCUGGAGAUCCAUCUUCAGAAGCAUCUUGGACCUCCGUCUGAGGGGGUAAACGGGUCCGGGAUGAGUUUCUAGAUGGAUUCCGCGGAAAAGUCUAAUCACGACAGAACUACUUCGGGAAGCAUCCGGAUGAAAAUCCUCGAGAAAACGGAGCGAGGUGGAAGCGAUUAGAAGCAUUGUGGACACCGGAACGAAAAAAACUGUUGAUGGAUGCGUUGAAAAUAUGAACAUAUUUAUAUAAUUCCAAGAAAAAGACGUCAUUGUGUGAUCGUGAAGAAAAGGAAAGAGUUGCAUCAUCUAGAUGAUAAACGAAAAUGUACUUGCGCAACAACUACAUUGCUGGAACUAGUAAACAUGAUGGAGUGACUGUUCCGGAAAUUUUUUUGAGUUGCUUAGUCCCUGGUUGUGGUGGUCAGCACAGACGGUCGGGCCAUUUUGUAAAGAAUCGAAGAACAUCCGUUGUAAAGAAUGUAGGCGCAUAUCCGCUAACCAAAUUUUCAUUGGUUGUAUCAUCUGGUUCAAU